CCCAGGGCUUUCUCUGUCCGUCUGUCUGUCUCUCCGUCUGUCUGACUGCACUGAUUAUUCUCCCUUUACAACGGCCACUCACAGAGAAAGGCCAUGGCCGUGCCUUCUCUCUCAGCCCCUCUCCUCGUGGCUCUGUUUCAGCUUGCAGUACUACCUCUCGUUCACACAGGGGUAUACUACGGACACAAGCAGCACCAGCAGCAACCCCAGCAGCACCAGCCUAUGCCACACCUGUCCCACAUGGGCAUGGGCAGCAAAGAGCAGCACCGUCAGCAGCAGUGGCCAGGAAAGGAGAUGCCCCACAUGCAGUACCCCCAUUACAGAAAAGAGAUCCCCCAGAUGCCCAUGCACAUGGGCAAGGAGUACCCCCGCAAAGGUGUGGUAGUCAACAGUGGACAGGACAAAGGUCAGACAAUCCCCAGUGGGGCUGUGGGAGGUCUCCCUGGAGGCCUGCCAGGAGAGCAGGGCCCAGCUGGGCCUGCAGGACCUGAGGGACCCUCUGGGCCACCAGGUCCUCCUGGGGUAGGACAGCCAGGAGGUGAAGGAAAACCAGGCCCCGCUGGUCCCCCAGGAUUCCCUGGUGUAGGCAAACCAGGACUCCCGGGAAUUCCAGGCAAGCCAGGGGGCAUGGGAGACCCAGGUGUACCUGGAGAGCUGGGCCCCAGCGGUGGAGAUGGUCAUAUGGGGCAGCCAGGGCCUUCGGGCCCCCCUGGUCCUCCAGGUCUCCCGGGGAUAGGAAAACCAGGGGUUGGGGGAUUGCCAGGACAACCAGGACCCAAGGGGGAACCAGGACAUAAGGGCCUGCCGGGACUACCAGGAUUACCAGGACCCAAGGGUGACAAGGGAAUUGGACAGCCAGGACAGCCAGGCCACAAAGGGCCAGCAGGACCCCCUGGACCUCCAGGCCAGGGAGGGAUGCCCGGUGUGGGCAAGCCUGGAAUGAAUGGUAUAUUGGGGCCACCAGGAGGACCAGGGAAACCAGGCCCUCCUGGAGAGCAGGGGCUGGCUGGACCAGCAGGAGAGGGGGGCGAGACCGGUCCACCAGGGCUGCCAGGCCAAGGGAAACCAGGCCAGAAUGGUCUGCCUGGACAACCAGGCAUGCCCGGUGGGAAAGGGCACCCAGGCUCUCCAGGUUUGCCGGGGAAGCCUGGAUUGCCCGGAUUUGGAAAACCAGGAUUCCCAGGACCCAAGGGAGAUAAAGGGAUGGGUGGGAUGCCCGGAGGCCCAGGACCAAAGGGAGACAAAGGCCAUGGAGGACUUCCAGGUGUGAUUGGACCACCUGGACCAAUCGGACCAGCUGGUCCCCUUAGCCCUAUGGGACCCCCUGGAGGUCUUGGCCAACCAGGGCCAAAAGGAGAGGCUGGAGAGGGAGGGCAAAAGGGGCUGCCAGGUGGCCAGGGUGAGCCUGGUCCUCCUGGACUGCUUGGUCAGAAUGGCUUCCCUGGAGAGGGAGGAGAGGCAGGGCCAAGGGGUCCCGCUGGGCCUGUAGGACCCCAAGGGGAAGGCGGACACAAAGGGUUACCAGGCGCCCCUGGCGUUCCAGGCCUAUCUGGGCCAAAGGGAGAGGGAGGACUUCCAGGAGAGAAGGGUCCCCAAGGCCCUAAGGGCGUUCCAGGUCUGGGAGGUGCAGGUGGGCCGAUCGGACCUCCUGGUGCCCCCGGGUCUAAAGGUGACAGCGGAUUACCUGGUCUUCCCGGCGUUGAGGGUAACGGAAACCCAGGUGUUCCUGGUCCUCUUGGACCUCCAGGUAAAGAAGGUCCUGGAGGACCACCAGGAAAUCGAGGCCAGCCAGGUCUACCUGGUCCCCCAGGCCCACCCGGACCCCCUGCCCUCUCCCCUAACAUGGGAGCAGUCCUCCCUGAGAUGGGUAUUCCUCCUGGGCUGGACGGAGUCAAGACCGCCGGCUAUGGCAAGAAAGGGAAAUAUGGAGGAAACAGUGGAGAGGUGAUGGGCGCCAAUGGCCUGGAGAUGCCCGCGUUCACGGCUCUGGUGACCAUACCCUUCCCACCAGUGGGAACGCCUGUGGUGUUCGACAAGAUCCUGUACAACGGCCGUCAGAACUACAACCCCCAGACAGGCGUGUUUACCUGCGACAUGCCCGGGAUCUACUACUUUGCCUACCACGUCCACUGCAAAGGGGCCAACGUGUGGGUGGCGCUGAUGAGGAACGAUGAGCCUGUGAUGUACACGUAUGACGAGUAUAAGAAGGGAUUCCUGGAUCAGGCGUCGGGGAGCGCAGUGUUACCUCUACAGCCCGGGGACACCGUGUACCUCCAGCUACCCUCGGACCAGGCCGCAGGACUAUACGCUGGCCAAUACGUCCACUCAUCCUUCUCUGGGUACUUGUUGUACCCUAUGUAACAACAACUAUAGAGAGGAAGAGACAGUGACAGAGGGAGAAAAUGUUGGAGAAAUUUGAGCAUUGAUUAUAGAAGUCUUUAAAUGUAUAUGGGUUUUUUUAAACAUCAACUAUCUGUUGAGAUUGAUGCUGUUGAGAUCGACAGCGAUGGGAGGACGCGUCGAACCGUCCCUGGGAAAAUCUGAGAGAGGAGUGUGUAUGUGUGUGAGUGAAUGUACAUAUAUGCAGUUUUUAUAACCAUUUAUGUUGUGGUACAAAGAUUUCUGUAUCUAUAUACCGUUCUUAAGAGUGUUACAACGUUACAACACUGCAAAUGUAGUCAUAUGUACAGUUGAAGUCGGAAGUUUACAUACACCUUAGCCAAAUACAUUUAAACUCAGCUUUUCACAAUUCCUGACAUUCAAUCCUAGUAAAAAUUCUCUGUCUUAGCUCAGUUAGGAUCGCCACUUUAUUUUAAGAAUGUGAAAUGUCAGAAUAAUAGUAGAGAGAAUAAUUUAUUUCAGCUUUCAUCACAUUCCCAGUGGGUCAGAAGUUUACAUACACUCAAUUAGUAUUUUGUACCAUUGCCUUUAAAUUGUUUAACUUGGGUCAAACAUUUCAGGUAGCCUUCCACAAGCUUCCCACAAGAAGUUAGGUGAAUUUUGGCCCAUUCCUCCUGACAGAGCUGGUGUAAAUGAGUCAGGUUUGUAGGCCUCCUUUUUCAGUUCUGCCCACAAUUUUUCUAUAGAAUUGAGGUCAGGGCUUCGUGAUGGCCACUCCAAUACCUUGACUUUGUUGUCCUUAAGCCAUUUUGCCACAACUUUGGAAGUAUGCAUGGGGUCAUUGUUCAUUUGGAAGACCCAUUUGCGACCAAGCUUUAACUUCCUGACUGAUGUCUUCCUCCCUCAUGAUGCCAUCUAUUUUCUUUAGUGCACCAGUCCCUCCUGCAGUAAAGCAUCCCCACAACAUGAUGCUGCCACCCCUGUGCUUCACGGUUGGGAUGGUGUUCUUCAACUUGCAAGCGUCGCCCUUUUUCCAUAACGAUGGUCAUUAUGGCCAAACAGUUCUAUUUUUGUUUCAUCAGACCAGAGGACAUUUCUCCAAAAAGUACAAUCUUUGUCCCCAUGUGUAGUUGCAAACCGUAGUGUGGCUUUUUUAUGCCGGCUUUGGAGCAGUGGCUUCUUCCUUGCUGAACGGCCUUUCAGGUUAUGUCGAUAUAGGACUUGUUUUACUGUACAUAUAGAUUAUUUUGUACCUGUUUCCUCCAGCAUCUUCACAAGGUCCUUUGCUGUUGUUCUGGGAUUGAUUUGUACUUUUUGCACCAAAGUACGUUCAUCUCUAGGAGACAGAACGUGUCUCCUUCCUGAGUGGUAUGACAGCUGCGUUGUCCCAUGGUGUUUAUACUUGCGUACUAUUGUUUGUACAGAUGAAAGUGGUACCUUCAGGCGUUUGGAAAUUGCUCCCAAGGAUGAACCAGACUUAGGAGCAAAUCUUGGCUGAUUUCUUUUGAUUUUCCCAUGAUGUCAAGCAAAGAGGCACUGAGUUUGAAGGUAGGCCUUGAAAUACAUCCACAGGUACACCUCCAAUUGACCCAAAUUAUGUCAAUUAGCCUAUCAGACGCGUCUAAAGCCAUGACAUCAUUUGCUGGAAUUUUCCAAGCUGUUUAAAGGCACAUUCAACUUAGUGUAUGUACACUUCUGACCCACUGGAAUUGUGAAACAGUGAAUUAUAUGUGAAAUAAUCUGUCUAGAAACAAUUGUUGGAAAAAUUACUUGUGUCAUGCAAAAUGUAGAUGUCCUAACUGACUUGCCAAAAACGAUAGUUUGUUAACAAGAAAUGUGUGUAGUGGUUGAAAAACAAGUUUUAAUGACUCCAACCUAAGUGUAUGUAAACUUCAGACUUCAACUGUAUGUAUCAGUUUAAUUUAAAGUGCUGCACAGACAGAUGUGGAAAGAGAUGUAUCUCUUGUAGUGUUUUCUCAAGUCCCUACAUGUUCCUUUGCAAACUGGCAGCUGUCAUUAAUGAAACUGUGGCAAAGAAUGUAAAUUGAAUAACUAAAGAAAACAAAUAUAAUUCCUCGUAAAAUGGCACCUGCAAUGUGCUAUUACAGUACUUAUAGAAAGGCAACUGAAAACCAAUAGAGUUCAAGAUUCAAAUAAAGUGGUGCAAUGGUUUAUUUCACGUUUUAGUUUGUUGCGUAACUUUCUUGUUGUGUUUUUGAUUGAUUUGUUUGAUUAUUUUUUAAACUUUUGCAGACAAGCAUCAUCUGUGAUGUUUAUAAGGGUGAUUUUGUCGCAUUAAAUGGUUGGCAAAAUAAUGUAUUAUGGGUGUAUUAGUGUUGUGCAAAGCAAUGCCUCUUGUGGCAAGUAAAGAAUAAGGCUCCAACAGACACUAUUGUACCCAAAAAUUGGAAGACCACUGCUGUCCUUACAAACCCUUUUAUUGCUGUAUGUGUCGGGUGUCAGCUGAAUAAAGCAGUAGUGUUAUAAUGGCAGACGUAUGAAAAACAUCUGUCCAAGACCCAGACCCUCAUUAAUAAGAGGGGCCUAAACGUUUCUGUAAGUAAGAGAUACAUUGAUAAUCAAUUGUGAUUCUUUUGAAUAACUUUUGAAUAAGAUAAUUGAAUGAAUGUUAGACAUGAAAAAGGUGUGUAAUCCCUCUUGGCUCAGCAGUACAGAAUUGAAAUAAUCUGAUUAUAGGUACUCUAUGUGGAGGUUAAGAUUUAAGGAUAAUGAAUACGUUGAUGUCAAAGGGGUUAAAAGACAAAAAGAAGAAAAAAAGGAAUAUGGCCGGUGUCAGUAAACGUUGGCAAAAAGCGUAAUUAAAUUGUUGCCAGCAGCACAGUUACAGUCACCAAUGCUCUGGAUAACAUAGAAACAGCCUAACCAAAUCUGCUAGGUCGGAUAAAAAAGGUCAGAGAGAGAGGCUCUCUCAUUUAUGUCUGGAAGUAGCUUUAGCCAGUUAGCUUGGGUGCUUGACUGCCGUUGUGAGGUCAGAACGCUCAGAUCAGCCUUACUCCUCGGCCAGCGUCCAGUGUGUGCGCUGAACGCUCUGAGAGAGAAAUGCUCUGAAUUUACGAAUGGCCAGAUUACACUUGGAGCGCUCUCUGGAACUCCAGAGUGAAUUUACAAACGCACCCAAAGAGUAGAACAUUAAAAAAGAGUGGAAAAACGGUGAAAAUGCCUUCCUGCAUGCCCCUCCCUCUCCUUCUCCCUCACCCAUGUCCCUAUAACUAACCCAUCCACCCUUCCCUCACCCACCUCCACCCCUCCCCUCUACCCUUCUACCCCCCCAGGGCCCCAGCACAAUACGCUUGACGGAGAAAAAAUUCUGCAGCAUUUAUCACUAUAAUGUAUUAUUUUGACUACUGACCUCCUAUAUUUUAAAUGUGCAGAAGUGGCAUAAAAUGUAGUUAAAACAUUCUUUUUUGAAAAUUGACUCCAGAUAUGAAUUCAGUUUUCUUUCUUUAUUUGGGCCUAUGGUGCUAAAGAUUUCAGUAAACCAAAAGAAACCCAGAGUUGUAAUGUUUUUACUGUUAUACUGUUGAUGUUGUUUAAAACAAUA